AAAUCGUUAAUUUCGCAAAACUAUGCGACUGGCUGCUAUAUUUGACAUGAAUAUGCACAUGAGCAUAAAAUGGGCUGCAUAAUGACGGUCAUAAAUCACGCACUUGGAUAUGCAGCCGUACGCAAUACAAAUGAAAUACAGCAUCGUGGCUAAAAUUAUUGCARAUGCGGAUGAUGAAUCCAUCGAUCUGUCGGAGAUGGGUGAAGCCAUUUAUGGUAAUCCUGAUUUGGAAACUACUGGCGCUUUGGUUGAUGCACACGGCGAGGAAUCAAUGCAAAAUCCUGAAGAGCUGGGCACCUACUUCGAGGGCGAUAUACUAAUACCUAUGAGAUUUCGCGAGGACACACGCAAUGGCCUCUUGGCAUUGAGUACACGAUGGCCUGGCGGCGUGGUACCCUAUGAAAUAAAGGGAACUUUCACGCCACAGGAGCUAGAUAAUAUACAUAAUGCCUUUAAUGAGUACCACACCAAGACCUGCAUCCGCUUUAAGAAGCGCACAGUGGAAAGAGAUUAUAUAUCCAUAGUGAAUGGAAAAUCUGGUUGCUGGAGCAGCAUAGGACGCCUCGGUGGCCGGCAGGAGGUGAAUCUACAGUCACCCAACUGCCUACGCACCUACGGCACUCCCAUCCACGAGCUGAUGCAUGCGCUUGGCUUUCUCCACGAACAGAAUCGCUACGAACGGGAUGACUAUGUGAAGGUGCUGAGCGAGAAUGUGAAGCCCGGCAUGAUGGCCAACUUUGAGAAGAGCAGUGCCAGGACACACUCAGCCUUUGGAAUCGGGUAUGACUACGCGAGUGUGAUGCACUACUCCAGCACCAGCUUCUCGAAAAAUGGAAAGCCAACAUUACAAGUCUUGCGCAACCAUCCUGAUGCGCGACAACUGGGCCAAAGGCGCGGCUUCUCGCCCAGCGAUAUCCGGAAGAUAAACCUGAUGUACAAAUGCAAGAUCUGACUCUAUUUAUAAUWA